CAGCCAAAAUGGCGUUUGCCGCUGCUCGCAUGAUUCUAAAAGAGAAGGACAAGAGAAGAAAGCCGUCCAAAGAAGAAUACAUUCCAAGGACCAGAAGCAAGGCGCGCAGUGGAAGCGCUAGUAGCUAUAGAAGUCUCAGCCAGGCCAGAAACAAGCCGGCAGAUGGUAAUGCUCAUGUGACGCAACCACGUCCAAGAACACCGACCCAUGGGGCCAAAGGGGGGCCAAAAACCCCUUGUAAGUCUUCACAGAAGCAGCUCAAUGUGCAACAGAAGGGCCAACCCAUCAGACAAGCACCUGCUAAAGUGGAUGCAGGACUAAAGAAAACGAAGAAAACCAAGAAGGGGAAACAUCAUCAACCGGACCUGAUUGUAACCAUCGACUUGGUAAGAAUUCUCUUAAUGCUAAGGCCAAAAACUUCUUGAUGUGAAAUUGUGUUAGAACAGGAAAUAUAAUCAAUCAAGUUCAAAGUGAAAAACUGAACAUGGAGAUAAAAAAAUGAUUCAAGAACCCAACUAGUUGGCAUUGAGUCUCACAUCUAGGCAAUGAAACGUAACGAUGAUUAUCAUAAAUUAGAAUAGCGUAUACUACAUUUGCGCGUCGAU